UCAAAAAUAUUGUCAGAAUUUCUAUUUACCGGGAAAUUACAUAUUUCAAAAAAUUUAGUAUUGAAAAUAUAUAGAAAACCAAUUCGAAAGACAUUAUUUGACAAAGCCUAUGAAUACUUUCAGAGUUUCUAGAGAUAAUGAUAAUUUUAUUUGUAUCCCUGAAGUAGAUAUAUUAGUAGGAUACUACAAACUAUUAUCAAAUUAAAUUUUCAUCGAGAUUAAUAUGUGAUUACUAUAGUUAACUACUGUUAUUAUAUAAGAAUACUUUUUCCAUAUAACUAACAGCAAGAUUAUGAUAAUACUUAGAUAGUACUUAUAAUUUAUUUAAUAAUUUUUUCUGUCACCACUUCCCCCCUCUCUCUCAAGUUAGCAUUUAAAAACCACAUUACACAACAGGUCUACGCAUAAUCAGAGUUUCGAUCUGCCGCCAUAUUCAAGCAGUUUCACAUUUAAUGUGAACACGUUCUCCUUCCAUAUCUCUCACAUCGUUAGACUCAACUCAAACACAAGACAAUGUCUAUUCACGGACGGUUUCCUCCGAGUCCACCGGUCUCUUCAUCUCCGGCGUCUUCCUCAUCUCCAAAUUCUCAGUCACCGUCACCUCCUGAUCUGAAACAAAGAGUCAUCGCCUGUCUCAACAAGCUCGCUGACCGCGACACCUUAGCUCUCGCCGCGGCCGAGCUCGACUCCAUCGCCAGAAGCCUCACUCACGACUCCUUCUCCUCCUUCCUCAGCUGCAUCCACAACACGGACUCCUCCUGCAAAUCUCCGGUGAGGAAACAGUGCGUCGCCGUCUUGUCCCUCAUGUCUCGCCACCACGGCGACUCUCUCUCUCCCCACCUCGCUAAGAUGGUCUCCACCGUCAUCCGCCGUCUCCGGGAUCCGGACUCCUCCGUCCGCUCCGCCUGCGCCGCCGCUACCGCGGAUAUCUCCGCUCACGUCACGGCGCAACCGUUCACCUCCGUCGCGAAGCCGCUCAUCGAGACGCUGAUCCAGGAAGGCGACUCGAACGCGCAGAUCGGAGCUGCGCUGUGUCUGGCGGCGGCGGUGGAGGCUGCGGCGGAUCCGGAGUCGGAGCAGCUGAGGAAGUCUCUUCCCAAGAUCGGGAAGCUGCUGAAGAGCGAGGCUUUCAAGGCCAAGGCGGCGCUUUUGAGUGCGGUGGGGAGUAUCAUCGCCGCCGGAGGCGCGGGGACUAAACCGGUUUUGGAUUGGUUAGUUCCGGUUUUGAUCGAGUUUCUGAGCAGCGAAGAUUGGGCGGCGAGGAAGUCAGCUGCGGAGGCGUUGGGUAAAGUCGCGGCGGCGGAGGAGUUGGCGUCGCAGUACAAGAAAGCUUCAACGGCGGCACUUGAGAGCAGAAGGUUUGAUAAGGUGAAAAGUGUGAGAGAGACUAUGAAUCAAGCAUUGAGUCAGUGGAAAGAAGUCUCAAGUGGUUUAGAUGAAGCCUUGUUGUCUCCUUCUAGAUCUUCCACUGAUGAUGGUGGCAGCAUUGGAUGCUUUUCAUCAGUCACGAGAAGUUCAAGCAUUGAGGUUGGUUACAAGUCUUCAAGACCAAAGAAAGCAACGCCUAUAAUGAAGAGGUCCCCAUCAUUACCUGUGAGUAGAUCAUAUGGAACAACUAGACAACAAAAGGAGAAUCUUCCAAAAAGGAAUGUGACCAUGUUAGCAGCUUCUAUUGUGGAUGAUAAGAAGGGACCACAGUUUCCACCGGUAAAGCAAUCUUUGGAAGAUCGGAGUAGUGAAAGCGUUGAAUCGAAGGAAGAUGAUGAGGCCGGCUCAGGGGGACCAGAUAUUAUCAAACAUACCAUCUCUGAGAAAAGCAGGGAGGAUAAGAAAGGACAUGGCUUUUGUGGUGGUUUGAGGUCUGGCUCGAGGGUUGCACCAUGCAGUGACGAUGGUGAUGAUUCUUGUGAUCCGGUUGUGAAGAAAUGUAAAGAUGAUGUUGAUGAGAGCAGGAAAGACAACGAGGAGCUGUCUUUGAUACGUGAACAGCUUGCUAUGAUUGAGAACCAGCAGUCCAGUCUCUUAGACCUACUUCAGAAAUUCAUGGGAAGCUCACAGAGUGGGAUCCAGUCUCUGGAGUCUCGAGUAAGCGGUCUAGAGAUGGCUUUGGAUGAAUUAUCAUGCGAUCUUGCGGUUUCAAAUGGGAGAGUCCCUAAGAGUAAUAGCUGUGGAGGAGAGAGUUGUUCAAAACUACCUGGUACAGAGUUCUUAAGUCCCAAGUUCUGGAGAAAAACUGAGGACAGACCAAUGCAGACACGGACCAGAAACGCAGCAAGUGAAAUGGCUGCUCAGGAAAACAGUUUUGACCAGGGGAUAUCAACUGAUGUGAACAAAGUCGGUCAAAGGGGAGGAAGUUCUGUUUAUCAGAAGAGAUCAGCAAGAAACCAGUUCCAAGACUCUAUGCAUACUUUGAUUUUAAAGGAAGAGGGUGAUGUGAGGAUUGAAGCACAAUAGCAGCUGACCAGACUGAUUCAGAUUAAUUGUGCAAAAGCCAAAUCUCAGAUUCGAUGCUUUGCUUCAACGGCCUGUUUGAAUUUUCAAGUCUCACUCACAUGUCUUAGUAACCUUUCUCUUUUAGAAAAACAUUCUAAUAAUUUAAUCAGUGGGAGUUUUAAAGAUCAAAUGCAUGUGAAUAGAAAUUAUAUUUAUGUGAUGUGUCAUUGGAGUUAUGUCAAAACCAUGGACGGAGAUAGAUGUAAACAUUUGUGUGACUGUUUGGUGUUACUCUUGAUCUGUAUAUCUUUUCGAAAGACAAUGAAUUAUUGGUUGCUAGUUGCUA